AUUAGCCCCGCUCUUUUCUCUUAAUCUCAGUCGUGGUCGAGCUCUCUCUCUAUAGAGAAGCCAGGUUAGAGUGUUCCGUGAAAAUUGAGGUGCUUUGCGAAAUCCGCUAAAAUCCCGUCCAUCCUUGGCGAUUGCGGCCGUUUGACCCGCGGGAUUGUCGAUCCACCCCCGGAUACCCUUCGCCAGGCCCACCAUGUCUGCGGGCGUGCCCUAUCUGGGCUCGAAAAUUAGCCUGAUUUCCAAGUCUGAAAUCCGCUAUGAAGGCAUUCUGUAUACGAUCGAUACUAAUGAAUCCACUGUGGCUCUGGCCAAAGUUCGGUCAUUCGGGACUGAGGAUCGUCCCACGGAGCGUCCCGUGGCCCCGCAAGACAUGGUUUACGAGUAUAUCAUUUUCCGCGGGUCGGAUAUUAAAGAUAUUCGCGUUUGUCAGCCACCCAAGCCUCAACCCACGUUACAAGGGGGAUUACCCAAUGACCCGGCUAUUCUGCAGCAUUCUAAUGUGGGCGGAGGUGGGGCUGGGCCUUUUGUAGGUGGAGCGGGAAGUAAUGGCACGAUGGCGCCCAGCGUCUCAUCGGCCAAUCCUACCCUGAAUUCUGGUGCCCAUUCGAGCGGCGGAUCACCGGUCAUGGAUUUACUCCGGGACGGCAAAUCCGGAGCCAUGAGCCCCAUCGUCGGACUCGACGGACCCAUUGGACCCGAUGGGCGACAAGCUAUGCGUGCGAAACGAAAUAGUGGUCAACGUGGCGACCAUCGAGGCGGACGAGGGGGCGGUGCUCCCGGAACCGUUCCGGGUUAUCCUCCCCAACAGCAUUCUGGACCUGGUGGUGCUUAUCCCCCCCGAGGCGGCCGAGGUGGUGCUCCCGGCGGACCCCCCAAUCAUGGUCCUCAUCGGGGCAUGCGACGUGGAAGUCGGGGCGGGUUCCUGCCUGGCCGAUUACCGGCCAAUAAGAAAGAGUCGCUCAAGUUCGAAGAUGACUAUGAUUUUGAACAAGCCAACGAGGAGUUCGCGGAGGUUCUGUCUAAACUUCAGAAAAUCGGUUUGGAAGCCAGUGUCGAAGGCGAGGAAGAAGGGGAGAAAAAAGAACCUACGGCCAAACCGGAGGAAGAUCGUGAGAUCGAGGAAGGUGAAAUCGAAGACAAGGCUGAAGAUCCCGAAGUGUUCUACGACAAAACAAAGAGCUUCUUCGACUCCAUAUCAUGUGAAGCCUUGGAACGGAAUAAAAACAAUAACAAAGGUCGCCCAGACUGGAAAGCCGAAAAGAAGCUCAAUAAAGAAACAUUUGGCGUUGCUGGUCCCAGAGGUGGUUUCAGAGGUCCGCGAGGUUAUGGCGGUCGAGGCGGGUAUUACCGUGGUGGCAGAGGAGGCGGAGGCGGUUAUGGCGGCCGUGGUGGUUACGGCGGUGGCUACAAUAAUUAUGGUUUCAAUAACUACGGUUACAAUAACAGCUACGGUGGCGGCGGUCGAUAUCCUCGUGAUAAUAGAGACAAUCGUGGCCAUAGAGGCAAUGGGGGACGGGGUUACCACAACUACCACAAUAAUCAUCCCCAACAGGCACCAAUGCAGCAGCCUCAGCCUGCUCCUUCGAACUGAACCAGUCGGUACAAAGGCCCCCCGUUUAUUAACUCAUCUCAUCUACUCUCACCACCUUCUGUGUUAUCAUUUGUCAAAGGCCGCCCCCAUUAUUUCAAUCCCUUCAAUUGAUGUAAGUCGAAAUAUUCUCAUGGUUCUCCUCGUUCGGCCACGCCCCUCUUAGUGAAGCUUUCUUCACAACAGACGACUCUGCCAAUGACACGACGUCAAUAUUACAGCCCCUCUAUCCCCUCCUGAAUAGACGUCCGGCCCACGAGCACCACUCAUCCUGUUGAAACGAUUAACAACCCCUCAUGAACUUGUUUAAGAAACCUCGUCUUAAUGUCUACGUUCCAAGGAGUUUCACAUGUUAAAACCACGCUUUCAUCCUUGCUGCAAUUAACUUUGGAAACGUCACUUAUGGCUCACCCUCCCAGCCAACCAACGCUCUCGCCCCUGCUCCCCCAAUGAUUUUUUUUUUAUGUCUAGCGGAAUCGGGGAACUACAAUAGGCACAUGCACGCCAACCACACCCAUCGUCAAUCCUGUAUCACCAAGUACCAAAAGAAACUUUGUCAAGUAUUGAAAUCGACAUCGAGAUUUUAUCCAUGUAUCACAAAGUCUUGCUGUUAUGUCUCGUUAACUAAUUAUGAUCUAUCUCCUUCCCUUAAGUUGCACAUCCCCGAUUUCGCUUUAUAGUGCAGCUUCCUGGUGCAUGUGUAGUAAUUCCCGCCCUCUUUCACUUCCUGCCCCUGUCGGACCACCUCCCCAUGAAAGAUUUGUACUCGUGAUGAAUUAUUCCAGUCAACCCACAAAGCCUAGUUCGACGAGCUAAUUGUACUUCAGCCAAAUCCAAUUCCAAGAGACAGCAAGCAAAACGUUGAGGAAACUAUGAAGAUGAUACGCUUUUUGUCUUGAAAGCUAGCGUUUUCAAGCUAGUAUCAUUCAGUUAUUUUUUCAUUUGAAAUUAAAUAAAAAGGAUAUAUUGCA